GUACCCGUUCUGAAUGGGUUAAAGACACCCUCCCCCAGGCCUUCCCCACCGUCUGGGCUCUCAUUGGUCGGACAGGUAAAGGUGAGCAGGAAGAGGGGAGCGUGCGGCACAGCUGAUUGGAUAGUGCACACCUGGGGGCGGGGCUUAGGGGUAAGCAGCGUCUCCUUUGAUCUCAGCAGGUAGAGCGAAUCUGAGUGACCCCGGUGACCGAGCCAGGCCCCGCCCACCAUUGUGUGUGGGGGCUGGGAGCCAGGACGCCUGGGUUCCCUCCCCGGCUCUGGGAGGGGAGUGGGGGCUAGUGGUUAGAAGGAGGGAGCCAGGACUCCUGGGUUCCCUCCCGGGCUCUGGGAGGGGAGCGGGUUCUAGCGGUUAGAAGUGGGGGAGGAGGGCUGGGAGCCAGGACGCCUGGGUUCUCUCCCCAGCCGGGCGUGACCAUCCCAGCCGCGCCCUGUGGCGGGCAGGGAAGGGUUAACCCGGGCAGGGAGCGAUACCUGCUGGGUCCCGCCCCGCCCCCCCCAGCAGUCGGGCUGGUUCUCAGCGCACCUGGCCGCCGCCUCCCUGCCCAGCGCCAGCCCGGAUCCCUGCCCCCCCCCCCGCGCCCCGGAUCCCUGCUGGGUCUGUGCCCCGCGCCCCGGAUCCCUGCUGGGUCUGUGCCCCCCCGCGCCCGGACCCUCGGGACCUGCCCCCCGCCAUGGCCGCGGGGGGGCUGGGCCGGUGCCGCCUGGCGCUGGGCCUGGCGCUGCUGCUGGACGGGGCGGGCAUGGGGGCGCUGCUGACGGGCAUCUUCGCCCGGCUGCGGGUGCGGGGCCAGGACUUCGGGGACCUGCUGAUCUACUCGGGCGCGGUGCUGGUCUUCCUGAGCCUGCUGGGCUGGGUGCUCUGGUACACGGGCAACCUGGAGCUGGCGCCCGACGAGCUGGGGCGCGACUACGGGGCCAAGGGGGGCACCCUGGCCCGCCUCGCCCGCAAGAUCUCCCGCCGCUGGUCCCGGCGCCAGCCCGGCCCGCUGGCCCUGGGCCCCGUCCGGGGCAGCCAGGGGCCCCCGCCCCGGGCGACGGUCUAGAGAUGCCUUUUGGGACAGAGCCCUGGCGGGGGCGAGUCGGAUGGGGGAAUCUGUCUGGGACCAGCCCCCCCCACCUCGCUGAUUCAGAGAGCACCCAUGGGGCUGCGGGACAGACGGACUGAACCAGCCCCGGGACAGAGACGCGGCCCCUCUGGGGUGGAGCGCGGGGGCUGGGUAUCCGGGGACCCCUCGCCCGGCGCUGGGACGGCAGAGCUUGGAGGCUGGGUGCUGGCUCCCCUGACCCAGAGAAGGGGCAUCUGUCUGUCUGUCUGUCGCAGGGAAGUGCCAUUUGUAUUUAAAACACUUCGUGUCUCAGA